AUCUCCCUUUCCUUGUUUAGAAACUUCACUUAAUCACUUCUCUUCCUUUCAUCUUCUUCUCUUUCCCUUCAAGAAGCCACUGUGCAAGACACCGUUGUUGUCUCUCUCUCCCUCAACAUUUUAUUUACUGCUACAGCUUUCAGAAAAAAAGUAAAGGAAAACUAUGGGUCGUGGAAAGAUUGAGAUCAAAAAGAUUGAAAACCCCACUAACAGGCAAGUCACCUACUCAAAAAGAAGAAAUGGUAUUUUCAAGAAAGCCCAGGAACUCACUGUUCUUUGUGAUGCUAAGGUCUCUCUUAUCAUGUUCUCCAACACUAACAAAUUCCAUGAGUACAUUAGCCCCUCCACAACGACAAAGAAGAUCUACGAUCAAUAUCAGAAGGCUUUAGGCAUAGAUCUGUGGAGCGCUCAAUACGAGAAAAUGCAAGAGCAAUUGCGGAAGCUGAAAGAUAUCAAUCAUAAGCUGAAAAAAGAAAUCAGGCAGAGGAUAGGAGAGGACCUUAAUGAAUUGAGCAUUGAUCAUCUGCGCGUUCUUGAGCAAAAUAUGACUGAAGCCUUGAAUGGUGUCCGUGGCAGGAAGUACCAUGUUAUCAAAACACAAACCGAAACCUAUAAAAAGAAGGUAAGGAGUUUGGAGGAGAGACAUGGAAACCUCUGGAUGGAAUAUGAAGCAAAAAUGGAGGAUCCACGAUAUGGAUUAGUGGACAGUGAAGGAGAUUAUGAAUCUGCUGCUGCUCUUGUAAAUGGGGCUUCCAACCUCUAUGCAUUCCGCCUGCACCAGGGGCACCACCACCACCAUCCUAAUCUUCACCUUGCUGGUGGGUUUGGACCCCAUGACCUCCGUCUUCCUUGAGUGGUCCUAGUCUUCAGACAUCUAAUCUAAGUGCUCUCGUGAUAAUUAGAGAUGCUAUCUCUGAUAUUGAAUAAUGAAGAACGUAGUGAGGUGGACUGAUUACAGUCCACUGCAGAUAUAAUCAAACUAUAUUUAUGCUUAUAUAGAUUGUAAUUUGGUGCAUCAGGAUAAUGUGUUGGUAAACUUGUUAGACUGUGAUUUGAGCAACUGAGUGCAAAUGGCCAUUUGGAGAA